GAGAGCUUGGAGGAAGAAGGAGUGGAUCCUCAACCAUGAGCUCCAGCCAGGCGGGGACCUGCCCAUGCCAGUGUGCUGUAGAGCGCCCAGCCAUUCUGUAUGCACUUUUGAGCCCCAGCCUCAGGGCCAGGCCCUCGGUGCCCCCGGCGCCUAGGCACUGCCUCUGCAGGCAGCACCGGCCUGUCAGGCUGUGUGCCCCCCAUCGCACUUGCCGGGAGGCCUUGGACGUUCUGGCCAAGACCGUGGUCUUCCUCAGAAACCUGCCGUCCUUCUGCCAGCUGCUCCCCCAGGAUCAGCGGCAGCUGCUGCGGGGCUGCUGGGGCCCCCUCUUCCUAAUUGGGCUGGCCCAAGACACUGUGACCUUCGAGGUGGCGGAGGCCCCAGUUCCCAGCAUACUCAGGAAGAUCUUGCUGGAGGAGCCUAGCGGCAGUGCAGGCAGUGGCCAGCGGCCGGAUCGGCCCCAGCCCUCACUUGCUGCAGUGCAGUGGCUUCAGUGCUGCCUGGAGUCCUUCUGGAGCCUGGAGCUGGGCCCCAAAGAGUAUGCCUACCUGAAAGGGACCAUCCUCUUCAACCCUGACAUGCCAGGCCUUCAUGCCUCCUCCCGCAUCUGGCACCUGCAACAGGAAGCUCAUCAAGCACUGUGUGAGGUCCUGGAACCCUGGUGCCCAGCAGGCCAAGGCCGUUUGGCUCGUGUCCUCCUCACAGCCUCUACCCUCAAGUCCGUUCCUCCCAGCCUGCUUGGGGACCUCUUCUUUCGCCCUAUCAUUGGAGAUGUUGACAUCACUGGCCUGCUCGAGGACAUGCUUUUGCUGAGUCGACCUGCUCCAGUCCACGCAGAGAUCAACUGUAGCUUGAGCAGAAGUUGGAAGCACUGAUUUAGCCAAGCUAUCCCCGGGGGUGACCCAGUGCCCCCAGAGGGGCAAGCCUGUGCAGACAGCACUUGGCUUCCCAGGGGCAAGUUGGCCCUGGCACAGCCAGAUGGACUGUAUGGAUCCUCACUCGGCCACACCCCAUCUUGGCCUCCCUUGGUCUGGCACAGUGCUCCAGAUGUCUGGCCAGCCCUUGGUAGUCCCCAUAUUUUCUGAUGCAAGACUCCUGUCCCCUCCUGGGAUGGGGAUGAAAGCUUAGACUGCUCAUUGGACCAGACGUCCUACUGACUUUGUACAGAACUGACCUAAGUUAUUAGUUUUCGUAAUAAAAUGUUUUACACCCUUGGA